AUGGCAGCGCAGAAGAAAGCUCAAGAACCCAGGGAGCAGGAGAAAUCAGGUCCCAUUCCCCUGGAUGGCUUUCUGAAGUAUGCCAAUGUCUUCUACCUGUCGAUUGGAAUGCUGGCCUACGAUCACAAGGAAAGUGGCAAGAGGAAGGAGCUCCUGCUCCACUGGAUGUUCAUUGCCCAGAUGGUGAACCUGAAUGCAGUGCUCUUCUCGGAACUGAUCUACGUGUUCCUGGCGAUCGGCAAGGGCAGCAACUUCCUGGAGGCCACCAUGAACCUAUCUUUCAUCGGCUUUGUGGUCGUUGGGGAUCUGAAAAUCUGGCACAUUUGGCGCCAGCGGAAGAGGCUUACCCAAGUGGUAAACGAGUUGGAAAACUUACAUCCCGAAAGCUUGGAUCAGCAGGAGCCAUAUAAUGUCAAGUACCACCUGAGUGGCUACAGCCGCUAUAGCAAAUUUUACUUUGGCAUGCACUUGGUGCUGAUCUGGACCUACAAUCUCUACUGGGCGGUCUACUACCUGGUCUGUGACUUCUGGCUGGGAGUACGCCAAUUCGAGAGGAUGCUGCCCUACUACUGCUGGGUGCCCUGGGAUUGGAGUACCGGACUCAGCUAUUACCUGAUGUAUGUCUCGCAGAACUUGGCUGGACAGGCUUGUCUCUCGGGCCAGCUGGCGGCGGAUAUGUUAAUGUGUGUCUUGGUCACCCUGGUGGUGAUGCACUUCAUCCGCCUUUCCGGCCAUAUCCAGGGGCAUGUGGCGGGGAUUCUAUCCUCACAGCAGGACUUGGAGUUCCUCCAAGCUGUGGUGGUCUAUCACCAGAGGUUGUUGCACCUCUGCCAGGACAUCAACGAGAUAUUUGGGGUUUCGCUGCUGUGCAAUUUCGUGUCCUCAUCCUUCAUCAUCUGCUUUGUGGGGUUCCAGAUGACCAUCGGUGGCAAGAUCGACAACCUGGUGAUGCUCGUUCUAUUCCUGUUUUGCGCCAUGGUGCAGGUCUUUAUGAUUGCCACACACGCCCAGCGGUUGAUCGAUGCAAGUGAGCAGAUUGGCCAGGCGGUCUACAGCCACGACUGGUUCCAUGGUGAUAUACGCUACAGGAAAAUGCUAGUCCUGAUCGUUAAGAGGGCCCAACAACCCAGUCGCCUGAAGGCCACCAUAUUCCUCAAUGUCUCGCUGGUCACCGUAUCGGAUCUCCUUCAGCUAUCCUACAAAUUCUUCGCCCUGCUGCGCACAAUGUAUAGCACGUGAAGAGGCUGCCCUUUCUGAUUUUGGCCACAAUUUAACGGCCAACAUCAUGUGGCAGUGACAUCGUGUGGUCAGAAGGAGCAAAUCAUCGCUGGCCAAUAACUUACGCCAGUUGCCGCACAGAGUUGUGGUUUUUAAUUAAAGUAGUAGCUCAAAUGAUUAGCGCGAAUCGCAGGUCACGGAACAAAUCGAAGGGCGGUCAACUAACCGCAGUAGCAAUGAUUAAUUAUCGCCAUUUCGUUAGCACAAAGGGCCAAUUUCGGAUGCCAGACAAAGCACUGGUGCUUUCAGAAUUAGCGACCCUGCCAAGCGCUUUCUCCCCAAAAAUCACCUGGCACAAGCGAUUGGCCACCCCGUGACCAAUUUAAUUAAGAUUCCCCAAU